CAAUUAAUUCAACCAAUUAAUAAAAACCUAACAUUAUUUUAUUGGUCACACAAUAUCCAAUAAAUGAAAAAGAUGCAUUGAAAUAUGUAAACUACUUAUACUGUGAAACAAACUCUUUUUGCUAAAACUACUUACAUUUAGAAACGGGCGGAGUAAUAUAUACUGUAUCAUUUUCAGUUAUGUACGAACUUUGAUUUAUAUUAUUAUUAUUAUUAUUUAUCCAACUCACUUUUUUUAUUGAGAACCAAACCCUUUUACCAAUAAUAAAUCGAAUGUGUCAGGUAUCCUGAUGAUGUCCAUGAUCGUCUUUGGCACUCAGACUUCUGGGAGGGUGAUAUGACAGAAAUAAACACCACCACCCCUGUAAAUACUAAGAAUGCCUUCGAUCUGCCUCAAGCGAUAAUUUCAAAGGCUGCCAUAGCAAAAGGUGCAGGUAAGUCAUGGAGCAGAGGCUGGUUAAUGCAAAACCAGGACGACGUUCACGUGUACCUUCAUUUUGCCGAGAUCCAAGUCUUGAAGCCCAAGGAUACGAGAGAGUUUAGUAUUUUGUGGAACGACGCUACAAUUAACUAUAGCUACAGUCCUCCGGAGUUCAUGGCUGACACUGUGCCUAUCAGAACCUCAACUAAAUGCGAUGAUUUGUGCUACUUAGAGCUUGUAAGAGGUAAGUCGUCAAGUCUUCCACCAUCUAUUAAUGCCAUGGAGGUUUUCGGGGUACUCCAGCUUCCUCAGUCGGAAACAGAUGAAAACGACGUCAGUGCAUUCAAAAACAUUCAAGCUACUUAUAGAUUACAGAAAACGAACUGGCAAGGAGAUCCAUGUGUACCUAUAAAUUACAUGUGGACUGGUCUUAACUGCAGCAACGUGGUUCCGUCUGUUCCACCAAGAAUCAUUUCCAUAGACUUCUCUUCAUAUGGAUUAAAUGGGACCAUAGCUAGUGACAUACAAUAUCUUAGCCAGCUACAGAAAUUGGACCUGUCAAAUAACCAUUUGACGGGAAGAAUCCCGGAAUUUCUUGGCAAAAUGAAGUUGUUGACAAUCAUAAACUUGAGUGGAAACAAUUUUAGCGGCUCAAUUCCUCAAACCCUUCGUAACAUGCAAAAGAAUGGGUUAACCUUGAUACUAGACAGAAACCAAAACCUCUGUUCGGAUUCAUCUUGUGAAACUGAAGCUGGUGAUGGAAAUGGUAAAAAGAAAUUGCUAGUACCCAUUCUUGCAACAGCCGCUUCUGUUGGUUUAAUUACAGCUCUGCUUCUUCUCAUUAUUCUCUUCUACAGAACUAAGAGAUCGUCAAAAGAUCCACGGUCAUCAAUUGUGUCGAACAAGAGAAGCUUUACGUAUGAAGAGGUCACGGUCAUGACAAAUAACUUUGAGAGAACUCUUGGCGAAGGAGGGUUUGGAGUUGUGUACCACGGUAACUUAAACGGUAACGAACAAGUAGCUGUUAAAGUGCUCUCUCAGUCCUCAGCUCAAGGCUAUAAGAAAUUUAAGACUGAGGUAGACCUUCUUCUGAGAGUACAUCACAUAAAUUUGGUAAGCCUUGUUGGUUAUUGUGACGAAGGACAACACUUGGUCCUCGUCUAUGAGUACAUGUCCAACGGAAACUUAAAACAACAUCUAUCCGGAGAAUAUGCUACUACUCCUUUGAGUUGGGAAAAUAGGCUAAGAAUUGCCGCAGAGACAGCACAAGGAUUGGAGUACUUACACAUCGGAUGCAAACCACCAAUGAUUCAUAGAGAUAUCAAAUCUACGAAUAUACUUCUUGAUAAGAAUUUUCAAGCUAAACUUGGCGAUUUUGGACUUUCAAGAUCUUUUCCAGUGGGUAGUGAAACUCAUGUGUCAACAAAUAUUGCUGGAUCGCCAGGUUAUCUUGACCCUGAAUAUUACAGAACAAACUGGCUGACAGAGAAGAGCGAUGUCUUCAGCUUUGGAGUCGUAUUACUGGAAAUCAUUACUAGCCAGCCCGUGAUUGACCAUACACGUGAAAAGUCUCACAUAGGAGAAUGGGUUGGAUUUAGAUUAACUAACGGAGAUAUCAAAAACAUUGUGGAUCCAAGUCUCAUUGGGGAUUAUGACUCUAGUUCAGUGUGGAAGGCUCUUGAGCUAGCAAUCUCAUGCGUUAGUCCAUCCUCGUCUGGAAGACCAAACAUGUCACAGGUUGCUAAUGAACUACAAGAGUGUCUCUUAUCUGAAAACUCAAGGAAAGAAGGUAAACAUGAUGUGGACUCCAAAAGUUCUGUUGAACUGAGCACAAGCUUUGGGACUAAACACACUCCUGAUGCACGCUAAUUAAUGCCAAGAGUCCCCCACAAUGUGUGUUUGAAUAACAAAAAAACUUCUUCCAUCCUAAUGGAAAACAAUUUCUUUUGAUUUUCUUUUUAUGUUCCGUGUAUCAUAUUUGGUUUAAUCGAUCAAAUGCAUUGACAAAUACUUGAGAGGGAUUUUUUUCCACUUUAAAGCUUUUUUUAAAUUUAAAAUAAUAAAUGUUAUAUGUACC